UUUACAUUCACCCGUCCGAUAGGUAACAACCUUCCCCAGAGCAACGGUGCUCAGAGCCAACAUUCCUUUUUUCUGAGCUUAGAUUCACACGAAAAUAUCUGCAUACGGAUCACAUUUUCUACUUCCCAAGCCCGAACCAUGAGCUGAUCUAGUUAAAUAUUUCUUUCCUUUACAGUUGCGAAGAUGCCUCCCGCAAUUGCGCGCCGAGCGCCUUACAAGGACUUCCUCCAACCCGCCCUCCAGAGACGAUUCGCCUCAACCACCGGGGUUUUAUUAGGCCUAGCCUAUAUUGAGAACCUCUUCUUAGCUAACUGGAGUAAUCUGCUGUGGCCGUGGUUUCCAGUUGGGCCUGCGAGUAUUCGCACCCUAGCUAUAUUCAGCUGUAUCCUCCCCGUUAUAAUAUUGCGAAUUGCCCAUUCCCACAUCGGCAUUCGAACGUCUCAUUCGCCUUUCGACACUUUCAGCCACUAUGCCCUGUCUUUCGCGACGAUAGAGACAAUAAUCACAUUCGCUAUCUCCGCAUGGCUAUUUAGUCAAACAUACCUGUUAUCAACUCCGGCUAGUGCAAACCUCGGUUGGAUCACCUACUAUAGCGGGGAUCGCGCCCGGCUGAACGAGAGAGCACUAUUCUAUACCGUGAAUAUUAUCGUUUUAGGGAUUGCCCAGGGCAUUUUACAUGUGUCCGCGGAUUACGACCGAAUGCUUCUAGGGACGGUGAAGCCGAAACGCGAAGGAGAGGCGAAUACUCAAACAACAAGCAGUUGGAUACGAUUAACCGAAUGGGUACCCGUAAUCGUCGUUCGCGCUGGGAUGCUCUCAAUAAUUGUUUCUUUAGCCAACUACGUUGUACUUUACCAUUUCCUCCGACGCUCCGCCUGGGGCUGGGCCUUGUCCUUUUUCCGGCUAUUCUAUAGUCUUCCAAAAUCUAAUAUCCCACCUUCCCAGGCGCCAUGGAGUAUCUGGAUGCUGGCAAGAUCAAUGUGGGCAGGGUUCUUGUUGUGCCUUUUGUGGUACUUUGGCGACAUGGUCUUUAGGUUACAGCUUGGAAGAGCGCCUCUGAAAAACGGCCAGCCACUUAGUGCUGAGUCGAAGGACCCUAAUGGGAGUCUAUUGAAUGGGUUACAGAGCAAGAAACCACGUAUAUCGGCAUUUGCCAUAUGGGAAUUGGCCUUAAUUACAAGGGACUUCGAUAUCAGAAGGAGAAGCAUAUUCGAAGAUAUCGAUCGUAAGGAUGGCCCAAUGUGGUCGCAGAUCUACGCCACAUGUCUGAGCACGAUUAAAUCGCUGGAGCAAAGAAUCGACGAGUACGGAAAACCACCGGCUCCUCCUCCCGCACCUCCCAGUGCCGCACCUCCUCAGCCACAGGCCCGAGUUGUCCAACCCCCAAAGACAGACGAUGUUUGGGCACCAGCACCGAGUUCGAGAGGGUUUCGCGACUCGUUAGGCAAGUUCGUUACUAGUGUUGCAACGUCGCCCGGGAAGACACCCGCCGAGGUAUACUUGCCGGAGGCGAAGAAGAAAGCGUUAGAGGCUACUGACCACUUACUCACGAAAGAGCAAAAGGAGGCACUAUCUCCCGAAGGUAUUAACUCGCUUGCCCAGACUAUAGCAUUACGAAUUUUGAGUCUACCCACAUUCGGCAUAUUAUUUCAGCAACUUUUUAGUCGCCGAUUAGCAACUGCUGUGCUUGGCCGACCGUAUGGCGAACUUAGCAUAUACGUCAACGCUGCCUACGCUCUAUCAAAGUUGGCAGUGUCUAGUUUGACGGAGGACCAGUAUGGUAACGUCCAAAGAGAUGUACCGGCCAUCAUACGGACGUUUACGGCAGUGAUCAAAAAGCUAGAGAGAUUCAGGGAUGGAUUGCCGAUGCACUGGACAGAUCUUAGAAAGAAUCGAGUGUGUCCCGAGGUAGACGAGCUGCUGGAAGCGUUGAAGGACGGACUAAACGAGCUCAUCACGUCAUUUGGGCAGUACAGCAGCGAUUUGAGGCUCACCCGGGCAGAUAUGAGAUUAGCGAGGGAAGCCGCAGAGAAGAAGCAGGUGGAAGCGGUGGUAGAAGUGCCGAGACGGGCCGCAGCAGCCCGUAAUGUAGAGGCUCAACCGCAAAUGCAACAAAUACGCUAGUGGCAGCGGCUGCUCACGUCGAGUCUCCAGGGCAAAUUGACCGGGUUACAUUAAGUGUAAUAGUAGCUAUGGGUGCAACUUUAUGAUAAAAUUGGUUCACGAAGACAAAAAGAAAUACUGUGUUUGUUAAGUUUAUUUGGCUAUAAAAUUGGUGUUCGUCUUAAAGACAUAUCCCUUUCAUCUGGGUUUUAGUAAGGAUCUUAUGGGUCUUAUGGGUAAGGUUGUAUUUACAGUGUGGCAGUGCCACAAAAUCCUACAUAGGUACAUAAGGUGAUCUAUAAUCUAGAUAGUGAUCGUCUUAAGUCGGG